UUGCCGACAAGGGAAAGUGUCCGACCACUACACCCAACCAAAAAGCCCAUUACCUCCUUCCCACAAUAACGGAAGAGUAAAAACACGCGCCAGAGAAACACAUACCAGUGACAAUGCGUGUCGAGCAAAGGCCAAGGAAAUUUCCUUGCUUUGGCCUUUUAGUUUUAUAUGUUUAUUUAUUUACUUUAGCGUACUUGUAGUAAGCUGAGUGAUCUGUCGUGUCUUCGCAUAGCCGAAAUUCUACUCAUUUAUCUGACUCUUUACCCACACUUUACUGGAUCUUCCAAAAAUCCUUGCUUUAUUUUACGUUCUUAUAUCUCUUAACAUUCAUCUCCCUCACUUUCUCUUUUACUUUUUGAAGGUGCAGACGUUCUGGGCACUGCUACUUUGAGCUUAUUUUGUUGGUAACGGAUGGCUGAAUGUUUAUCGAAAUUGUACAUCUGAGUCAUGUAUAGAAUGUGAAUUUAUUUUGUUAGUUAGUUUUAGCCUUUUAGGAAAGGGUACUCUUAGCUUAGUUAUAUAAGAAUUCGUUUUGGCAAUUGGUGUGUAUUGGAGAUCUGGGUUUUCGUUGAUUUGGAGAUGGGAAGCUCAGAGGAGAAGGUGGUUGCUGUGAUCAUGGUGGGUGGACCCACUAAAGGCACUCGGUUUCGACCAUUAUCAUUGAACGUUCCGAAGCCUUUGUUUCCUUUGGCCGGACAACCUAUGGUUUAUCAUCCAAUUUCUGCUUGUAAAAGGAUUUCAAACCUAGCCCAGAUCUAUCUAGUUGGUUUCUACGAGGAGCGUGAAUUUGCUAUGUAUGUCGCAUCAGUCUCUAAUGAGCUAAGAGUACCUGUCAGGUACUUAAGGGAAGACAAGCCUCAUGGUUCAGCUGGUGGGCUUUACAACUUCAGAGAUCUGAUCAUGGAAGACAAUCCGUCUCAUAUCUUCUUGCUGAAUUGUGAUGUUUGCUGUAGUUUUCCAUUGCCAGAAAUGCUUGAGGCUCACAAAAGAUUUGGUGGUAUGGGAACUAUCCUGGUAAUCAAGGUUUCAGCAGAGUCAGCCAAUCAGUUUGGGGAGUUGGUAGCAGAUCCAGUCACCAAUGAACUGUUACAUUAUACAGAGAAACCUGAAACUUUUGUAAGUGACCGUAUCAAUUGCGGUGUCUAUGUGUUUACACCAGAUAUUUUUACUGUCAUCCAGGGUGUUUCCUCUCGACGGAAAGACAGAGCCAAUCUGAGAUGUCUCUCCAGUUUUGAAGCCCUCCAGUCAGCUACAAGGAAUACUCCCUCAGAUUUUGUGAGGUUGGAUCAAGACAUCCUGACUCCUUUUGCGGGGAAGAAGCAGUUGUAUACAUAUGAGACCUUGGAUUUCUGGGAACAAAUUAAAACCCCUGGAAUGUCCCUAAAAUGUUCUGCUUUGUAUCUAGCACAAUUUCGGUUCUCCUCUCCCAAUCUUUUGGCCAGUGGGGAUGGUACAAAAAGUGCCACCAUUAUUGGUGAUGUUUAUAUUCAUCCAUCAGCAAAAGUACAUCCAAGUGCUAAGAUUGGUCCCAAUGUCUCAAUAUCUGCCAAUGCUCGUAUAGGAGCAGGUGUAAGGCUCAUUAGCUGUAUCAUUCUUGAUGGUGUUGAAAUCAUGGAAAAUGCAGUUGUUUUUCAUGCCAUUGUCGGGUGGAAGUCUUCCAUUGGGAAAUGGUCCCGUGUUCAGGCUGAAGGAGACUAUAACGCCAAACUCGGGAUUACAAUUCUCGGAGAAGCAGUGGCCGUUGAAGAUGAAGUAGUGGUCACCAGUAGCAUUGUCCUUCCGAACAAGACAUUAAAUGUCAGUGUUCAAGAAGAAAUACUUCUAUGAUUUCCAUCCCAUCCAUUUCCAAUUCGCCACCACCAGGCUCUCUCCUGUAUGCCUCUUAUCUGCCCUUGUCAUAUUGUAACGGUUGUUGCUCAUUACAUUUUUUUUCAAGUAGGAAAAUCAGAAUAUUUCAUAA